CUACAAGAGUGAAAAAUGGGAUUUCGUGGAAUAUUUAAUAGUUAAUUCACCGCCAAACAACUACCAUUUCUUUUCCUAUAAAAUGAAAGCUCAGAAAUAAUCAAACCAUGCAAUUCAGUAUUACAUUUACAUACUAUAUAUUUGGCUUAAAUUUUCUUGAAGAAAAGCGUUCAACUAUAAUAUUUAUAUUAAUUGUUACCAUAAAAUAUAAAAAUGGCACAGGUUAAAGUAAUUUCUUGUGUUUGCUUAAUCUUGUUCUUGGGAAUGGUGUUUCAAGGUGUCGAUGGUCGUCGAGGUAGACGUUGGUCAAGUGGUCAUGCUACCUUCUAUGGAGCCAACCAAAGUCCAGCAACUCUUGGGGGAGCUUGUGGGUACGAUAACACCAUCCAUGCGGGGUUUGGAAUCCACACGACGGCUUUAAGCAGUGUGUUAUUUAGGAAUGGGCAGGCAUGUGGGGCGUGCUAUCAAGUAAUGUGCGACUAUAAAGCCGACCCUCAGUGGUGUCUUCGAGGCCGAAGCGUCACCGUCACUGCCACCAACUUCUGCCCUCCUAACAACCAAGGAGGGUGGUGCGAUUCGCCUCGCCAACACUUCGACAUGGCCAUGCCUUCCUUCCUUCGUAUUGCUCGUCGUGGCAAUGAAGGCAUUGUCCCUAUCAAUUUCAGAAGGAUAUCAUGCCAUAGGCGCGGUGGAGUCCGAUUCACAUUGAGGGGGCAAGGCAACUUCAACAUGGUGAUGCUCUCCAAUAUUGGGGGUAGUGGAGAUGUGAAGGCAAUUUGGGUAAGAAGCUCCAUGUCUAAGAGAUGGGUGCCCAUGACAAGGAAUUGGGGUGUAAAUUGGCAAAGCAGGAAUGACCUUAGGAACCAAAUGCUUUCUUUCAAACUCACUUUGGUUGAUGGCCAAACCAUGACUUUCUACAAUGUUGUGCCUUCUUCUUGGAACUAUGGCCAGACUUUCAGUGCAAGAAAUCAGUUCACCCACUAGCAAUUAUACUACUCCCUCCGUCCCAAAAUCAUAAUAAGAUUGGCUUUAAAUUUACUCUUAUUAUUAAAAACUUUAAAGCCAAUCUUAUUAUUAAAAACUAUACAAACUUUUUUAAUGAUUAAUUCUAAUGAUGUAUAGUCCUUUGAACAAUUUUUUUAGUGCAAGUUCAAAGGACCUAUUUCUCCUAAUUAAGAUUCUCAUAAAACUGUUGGGCUUCUUUAUUUAUUUUUUUUUGUUGUUGUCAAGUUGCAUUUGUCUUUCUUUGUAAAUUUGGAUGAUAAUAUUUGUUUUGGAUAAUGAUAAAGGAAAUAAAUAUUAUUCUACUUUCAAUAUUUGUUUUGGAUGUGCAUACUCAAACCUAUUGAUUUCUAGUCAUAAACUUAUACUUCCUCCAUUUCACAAUAAGUGAAACACUUUCCUUAUUCGGAAUAAUCACAAUAAGUGAAAUCAAGCUCCAAAUAGUAAAAAAAAGUUCACUCUUAUUACAAAUAUACCACCAAAAAGUAAGAGGGGACCACAACUUCAAUAUUUCUUCACUCUACUUUAUUGUGGUCCCAACUUUCUCUCUCUAAAUUCCUUGAUAACUCCCCACUUUCUCUAUGUUUCACUUAUUGUGAAACGGAAGAAGUAUUUGUUACUAGCUACUGGGACUUCUGGAAAAACAUUUUUGUACACCACAUAUUCUACCACUAUCCUCGAGAUCUCAAUCACUAGGAAGUGUGUGUUCUCUCUUUAAAAACUCCUCCCCUAAACCCUAGCAGACUCGACUAUCACGUGAGCCAGCGGGCUCUUCACGCCGGCAGUCGAGCCCUACCAUUCUUCCUUUUUAGUUUUUUUUUGUGGUUGCGGUACUAGGCUAGCUGGUGUUCCCCCAUUAUCCCCGUCGUCUCCGGUGUUUCCCCAUCUCCCGUCGUCGUUGGUUUUUCCCCCUCCCGACCCCCGUCGUCGCUAUUGCUUAGGUCCCUCUCCCGUCGUCGAUGUUGGUGUUUGCCCCUCGUUAGUUCGUUGUGUCGGUACCCCUGUAGCAUUUGGGCUUCCCCGUCCUUUUGUUCCCUGACAUCUGUC